AUGGCCGUUAUCAGCAAGCUCCUGCCGGUGGCAGCCGCCUUGUUGGGCUCCGUGGAUCACACGGCCGCUUUGGCUGUGCGUUCGACUGCGGACCGAUGGGACGUAUCCUAUCGUGUCCAGAUUGGCACUCGGCUUGCUCCAGUAUUCGGUAGCUCGGGAUUGGCUAGCAAUGUUACUGCCACACAUGUACACAAGCGAGAGGAGGAUCAUGGCCCUGACUGCGAUUGCGAACUUCACGUUGUGUAUGUGACCCCAGAUAGUGAUCAGGGGCGCUACCAAGACGGCGAAGGAUCUUCAGAUGCGUCUGGCAAAUGGGAGAACGGUGAGAACCAGAAUGGCGAACACCGCGAGGAUGGGAAACACUGGGAGAAUGGCGACAACCGGAAGAGUGGUGAAUACCGUCAGGACGGUGAAUACGAACAGGACAGUGAGGGUGAACAAUACCAACAGGAUGGUGAAUACCAACAGGACGGCGAAUACCAAGAGGAUGGUCAACUCCGUGAGGGUAACCGCUAUCAGCAGGGUGGUGAUUACCAAGAUGAUGGUCAAUCCCGUAGGGGUAACCGAUACCAACAGGGUGGUGAUUACCAGCAGGAUGGUGAUUACCAACAGGAUGGUCAACUCCGUGAGGGAAACCGAUACCAACAGGGUGGUGAUUACCAGCAGGAUGGUGAUUACCAACAGGAUGGUCAACUCCGGGAAGGUGAUCGAUACCAACAGGGUGGUGAAUACCAACAGAAUGGUGAUUACCAAGAAGACGGCGAAUACCAACAGGAUAGUCAACUCCGCGACGGUGGUCGAUACCAACAGGGUGGUGAACAUCAAGAAUAUGGUCAAGUCCCUGAGGGUGGUCGAUACCAGCAGGAUGGCGAAUCCCGUGAAAGUGGUGAAUACCAAGAAGAUGGUGAAUACCAAGAGGAUGGUGAAUACCAAGAGGAUGGUGAAUACCAAGAGGAUGGACAAUUCCGUGGUGGAUACCGAGGGGACGGUGAAUACCGAGAAGACAGUGCAUCCCUUGCGAGCAGUCAAAACCGCGAGAGUGGUCAACACCGGGCGCAUGGUCAACACGGUCAGAGUGGUCAAGACUGGGCGAAUGGUAACCUCAGUGAGGAUGGAGAACUCAGUGAGGACGGACGACUCAUUGAGAAUGGACAACUCCUCAAUGAGAAUGGACAACUCCUCAAUGAGAAUGGAGAACUGAGUGAGGAUGAACUUCUCAGGCUUCUUAAUGAUGGAGAACUCGGUGAGGGUGAACUUAUCGGGCUUCUCAAUGAUGGAGAACUCAGUGAGGAUGCACUUCUCAGGGUUCUCAAUAGGGCUGGACUUCUCGAUGAGAAUGGACAACUCAUUGUAAAUUCAGAGGGCGCGGACCUGCUUGAGAAAUGGCCAUGGGGGCAGAACCCCCCUAACCAAAAUGCUCAAGGCCCUCAAGGCCCUCAAGGCCCCGAAGGUCCUCAAGGCCCCCGAGGCAGCCAAGGUGUCAAAGGUGAUACUGGCUCUCAGGGUCCUAAGGGAGACCAAGGAGCUCAGGGUGCCCAAGGUGUUAAGGGAGAUCAGGGUAAUCAAGGUGUCCAAGGUAACACUGGCGCUCAGGGUCCUCAGGGUCUUCAAGGUUUUCAAGGUCCUAUCGGUCCUAUCGGUCCUCAGGGUUUUCAAGGAAACCCGGGCCCCCAAGGUCCUGCCGGUGCUGAUGGUGCUGAUGGUGCUGCCGGUCCUGCUGGUCCUGCCGGUCCUCAGGGUGAUAUAGGUCCUAUCGGUCCUCAAGGUCCUGCCGGUGCUGAUGGUGCUGAUGGUGCUGAUGGUGCUGAUGGUGCUGAUGGUGCUGCCGGUCCUGCUGGUCCUAUCGGUCCUCAGGGUGAUAUAGGUCCUAUCGGUCCUGCCGGUCCUGCCGGUGCUGAUGGUGCUGAUGGUGCUGCCGGUCCUGCCGGUCCUGCCGGUCCUCAGGGUGAUAUAGGUCCUAUCGGUCCUCAAGGUCCUGCCGGUGCUGAUGGUGCUGAUGGUGCUGCUGGUCCUGCUGGUCCUGCCGGUCCUCAGGGUGAUAUAGGUCCUAUCGGUCCUCAAGGUCCUGCCGGUGCUGAUGGUGCUGAUGGUGCUGAUGGUGCUGCUGGUCCUGCUGGUCCUGCCGGUCCUCAGGGUGAUAUAGGUCCUAUCGGUCCUCAAGGUCCUGCCGGUGCUGAUGGUGCUGAUGGUGCUGCUGGUCCUAUCGGUCCUCAAGGUCCUGCCGGUGCUGAUGGUGCUGCUGGUGCUGCUGGUCCUAUCGGUCCUGCUGGUCCUGCUGGUCCUGAGGGUCCUGCUGGUCCUGCUGGUGCUGAUGGUGCUGCCGGUGCUGCUGGUCCUGCCGGUCCUGCCGGUCCUGAGGGUCCUGUUGGCCCUGCCGGUGCUGAUGGUGCUGCCGGUCCUGCUGGUCCUGCUGGUCCUGCUGGUCCUGAGGGUCCUGCUGGUCCUGCCGGUGCUGAUGGUGCUGAUGGUGCUGUCGGUCCUGCUGGUCCUGCUGGUGCUGAUGGUGCUGCCGGUGCUGCCGGUGCUGCCGGUCCUGCUGGUCCUGCUGGUCCUGAGGGUCCUGUUGGCCCUGCCGGUGCUGAUGGUGCUGCCGGUCCUGCCGGUCCUGCUGGUCCUGCUGGUCCUGAGGGUCCUGCUGGCCCUGCCGGUGCUGCUGGUGCUGCUGGUCCUGCUGGUCCUGCCGGUCCUGCCGGUCCUACCGGCGCUACCGGCGCUACCGGCGCUACAGGUCCCCAAGGUGAUCCAGGAACAGCUUAUGCGGAGUAUGACUACACUGGUUGUUAUCAGGCCAGCGGACUCGCCAACCAAACCUAUGGCCUUGAUAUUGACCCAGGAAACUUCUUUGCUGCUACGAUCGAAGACACAUCUGUCGACGACUGCGCCACCUACUGCGCUACCAUCGUCAGACCUGGCCUUCCAACCCGGUUCUUCACACUCUCAACAGAUGAUGCUGGCAACUCCAUUUGCGCAUGUGGUGAUACCCUUGCCAGCGUAGAUACAACCAACGGAUGCAGUCAGCCGUGUACAUUCCUACAAAAUGGCAUCGUAGCCUAUUGUGGUGGUCCGUUCGCCGACCCGCCGGUGGUGUCUGUCUUUGGCGCCAUCUAA